CUCAAGACUCGUCCUGGUGACCCUCAACAACGAAAGCAUACACCUUUGAUCAACCAAAGCAAGCGAAAGAAAAAAAAUGGCGAGUUCGUCGAAGACGGUCCAAACGAUUGUCACUCUGACUCUAUUUGGCACAUUUGGGCUAUUACAUCUACUACACCUAAUCUCGCAUGGGAUCCGACUGACGACCUCGGUGAUCCGGAAGAUCAUCGACGAGAUGGACGAGGUGUUGAUCGGCCUCCGGGUCCGGCGUCGGGAUGUGCGUCAAGACCUACGAGCGAUCAAGAAGACCCCGGCCCAUCUGGCCAUCAUCUGGACCCCCAUCAACUACCAGCUCCAUCGCUUCUUCUCCUUCAAUCAUGCUAUCGCCUUCUCAAGGACCCCUCGUCUUCAGAGACUCCAAAUUCAGCAGAAACUUGAACUCCUCGCUAUGCGCCAAAACUUCGCUAAAAUCCUGCUUUGGUCCAUGGAGGCUGGGAUCAAAGAAAUCACGUUCUAUGACGAACGCGGAUUGAUGAAGUCACAUAAGAUUGAAUUGAUCGAAUAUCUAGCGAGUUUGCCGGCGUUUAUCGAAGGAAACGAGCACAUAUCGUGGGCGUCGAUCGAGCCCAAGCUGACGGACGAAGUGCAAAUCCUAUCGAAAUUCGAGAUCGCUUAUCGACUGAUCCCCAAAGCCUCCUCCUCCUCCUCAUCUAAAACUCAAGCUAAAGCCAACAAUUUAAUGACUGCUAGCUCCUCACUCCUCAAUAAUAAUCCUAAUCAUUCUAAUUUGAUUACUAUUAAUCUCAUCGAUCGCCAUCAGGGCCAUGAACAUCUCGUCAAAGUCACCAAGGCCCUCGUCGAAAUCGUGACCCUUAAUAAACAAACUAAACUCAAUUUGGACGAUCUUAAUGUGCAAUCUAUCGGCAAAAAAAUCUGCUCUACCUCGAUCGGGUUGCCUGAUUUGCUCUUGGUUCUGGGCGGACGAUCGUUACGGUUUAGAGGCUUUCCUCCUUGGCAAUUAACACUAACCGAAAUCUAUCAUGCAAGAUCUUAUGGUAUCUUGCCUUACAAAAUUAGAUACACCGAAUAUCUCGAAGCCUUGCAAGUCUUUGGUAAUUGUCAACAACGAGUCGGCACGUGAAUCAACCCCUCCCCCAACAAACCAAAAAAAAAACAAAAAACAUCUUCAAUUUGUGUGACUGAGAUUCUUGAUUUGUCAAUCAAGAUCCGGCACUCCUUUCAAGUAGAAUCUAGAUGAGAUAAAUCAACAAUAGACACAUAGACU